AUGGAAGCGACCAUUGCUGAGGGGGAUGUGUGCCAGGUCAUUGCGCACCAGCUCCUGAAGGAUCUAGGUGAAAGCCAUCGCAUCAAAGAAGCCACCGAGGACAACAGUCCAUGUCCGCACCACGAAGAAUUCGUAGGCAAAGUGUCGUUGAGAGUCCAAAACAAAAGUCUCUCUUUUAGUGAGAGAGAGGAGUUUUGUGUUGUGGAGGGCGACAGUCGAAUGCUAGUUCUCAAUAUGCCAAUGCCUGAGCAAGACAAGACUCCAGCCAUCUUGCCUAUUGGGCUUUUCGCAUCGACGACGCCAAGAAAAGAAAAGAACCGCAUGAAAGAUGCCAAGCGACAGAGGAAGAACGAAGAUCAACAGAAGUACAAGGAAAAUCAUGUGGCAGCAAAGGAAGCCUUGCAUAAUGAAGGAGAAAGGGAGGAGCAAGAGGAAGCGAAUCUUGCAGCAAGCAAGCCUUGA